AUGGCGGAAUUAAAUAUCUUAGAUCUCUCAAACAAUCAACUGUCAGGAGUGCUUCCAAAUUGUUGGAAAUAUUUUAGACCAUUAGCCCUUCUUAAUGUUGCCAACAAUAGCCUAUACGGAGAUAUUCCAACAUCAAUGGGUUCAUUGGUAUAUAUGCAAUCCUUACAUUUAGGAUUCAAUAAAUUUUCAGGUGAAAUACCUUUGUCUCUAAAUAAAUGCACAGAGCUAGUGGUUUUUGAUGCUGUCGGAAAUGAUUUUUCGGGAUUAGUACCAUCCUGGAUUGGAGAUGGGCUUAAGAAGCUAAGCGUCCUCAUUUUGAGAUCCAACAUGUUUUUUGGAAGCUUACCACUCAAUAUUUGUAAUCUUCCUCAACUUCAAAUCCUUGACCUUUCGAUGAAUAAUAUUUCUGGAAGCUUGCCAAAAUGCCUCAACCAUCUUUCUGGUUUGAAGAAUCAAACAAAUUUUGAUGCAAUAGUACGGUAUGGUUAUCUUGGUCGUCCCUCAACAAAGGACAUUGCAACACUGGUAUGGAAAGGUCAGGUGUCCAAAUACCAAAGUAUAUUGAGAUUAGUUAAAACCAUCGACCUCUCUUGCAACAUGUUGACGGGAGAAAUUCCAAGUGAACUGAUGGAUCUUGUUGAAUUGGUCGCCUUAAACAUGUCAAGAAACAUGCUCAGUGGACAAAUCCCCGCCACCAUUGGACAACUGAAGUCACUGGACUUUCUUGAUUUGUCAAGGAACCACUUAUCUGGACACAUUCCUUCAGAACUUUCACAAGUGGAUCGUCUUGGUGUGAUGGAUUUAUCACACAACAAUUUGUCAGGAGAAAUUCCUCAUGGCACUCAACUUCAAAGCUUUGAUCCCUCUACUUAUGAGGGAAAUGCUCAUCUAUGUGGUGCUCCCCUUCCAAAAUGUCCCACAAGCCCAACACAAGAUCAUCCAAAUGAUGAGAAUUCGGAAGAAGAUGAGCAAAUUUUCGGUCGAGAUAUGCCUAUUUUAGGUUAA